UUCCAUUUCCGUUCUAAGUUUCCACAUUUGAAAGAAAUGUCCGGUGUACAAUGGACCUCAAUAUUGCACCGAAAAUGCAGCGAUAAUUUAAUCAGCGGUGGUCUUCUUUUUAUAAUCGAUCGGAAAUGUGUGACUCACUGUACCCUGUUAGCCUGGGCGCGGUUCCCUCCUUGAGUCCAGAAAUCCGGCCUCUUUUGGCAAAUAGUUGCUGGUGGCCUAAAACUUCAACCUUAGCUUGUUAGCUAAAUGUAUAAAUUGCCGUACAAUGUAAUAAUAUAAGGAUGUGAAUCCUGUGUUUUUAGCCAAAUACUGUAUAGCUAAUACAUUGUUGUGUAAUUUAGGUACUAAAUGAUCGUUAGGCCUAACAGAAUACAAGAAAGCCUCGGUUUUGCGUAGGUCGCUAUCCGCGCGCCCAAUAUUCCAUGAACCAGAACGUAGGAAUGUUCCAAAAUAGCUAGCUAGUAGCUAGCUACUUAUAACGGUCCAGCACCAUUUACCCCCUGACACAGAGAACUGCACUACAGUGUAGACUUAUAACGUACCCAUGUCUUAUUUUACAAUAUUUCAACGUUUAUAUAUUUAGCUGGCUUGUUAGAAAAUGAAUGUAUUCCAUAUGUAAUACUGUAGUGGUAUUCUUUACAGUUCCUGCAUGAUGGUUAUUUGCCUCAAUGCAGUCCUUUUAUGCAGCAAUGCAAUGGACAAGUGAAAUGUUUUUCACCCUAAAUUUUACAUAAUUUCAUUCUGUGAAGAAGGUUGUGUAUGUUUUGUAUACUUGAGUAUUCAUUUCUCUUAAUUUCUUAGGCAUGUCUGACAUUUUAUUGUCAUAUCAUAAGCUUACACAAUGCCACUCACUCACACAGAUUCCCAAACCUUGUACAAGCAUUCCCUCUCCUCUUUCUGAUUGGACACUUUCUCUUUCUCUGCAGACUCAGACUGGUGUUCGCAAUGUCAAAAGGAGAGACGGAGGAACUGAUAGAGAUAGAGAUCGAUGGGCAGGAGAAGCAGGAGUGUAUGGAAGAGGGGGUGGAGGAGCAGACCAUCACUGCUGAGUUUGUCACACAGGCCAUUGACAUCAAUGAGCCAAUCGGCAACCUGAAGAAGCUGCUGGAGCCCCGCCUCCAGUGUUCAUUGGACGGUCAUGAGAUCUGUCUGCAGGACAUCCUGCUGGACCCCGACCACAGCCUGUUCGACCAGGGCGUGAAGACCGAUGGCACAGUCCAGCUCAGCGUUCAGGUCAUCUCCAGACAAGACUCUCUCGCGCCAGGUGUGGAGCCCAGGCUGAACAUCCUGGAGAUUGUGAAGCCGGUGGAGACGGUAGAGGUGGUGAUCGAUCCGGACGCGGCCUCGGCAGAGGACGGCCAGCUGGUGGAGGAGGGCCAGGUCAUCGCUCUGGACCGCUCCAUGGUGGCGGACGAGACGUCGGAGCAGGUGACCCGCUGGGCCGCCGCCCUGGAGGGGUACCGGAAGGAGCAGGUCCGCCUGGGCAUCCCCUACGACCCUGUGCAGUGGAGUGCGGACCAGGUGAUCCACUGGGCGGUGUGGGUGAUGAAGGAGUUCAGCAUGGUGGACGUGGACGUCGGGGGGAUCCACAUCGCAGGCAGGGAGCUCUGCGCCUUCACCCAGGAGGACUUCCUACUGAGGGUCCCUCACGGGGAGAUACUGUGGAGCCACCUGGAGCUUCUGCGCAAGUAUGUACUGGCUAGUCAGGACCAGUCUGGCCAGAUCGCCACAGUGACUAUCGACCAGCCUGUGCAGAUCAUCCCUGCCUCAGUGCAGCAGACUCCUCCUGCCACCAUUAAGGUUCUGGCCACCAAGCAGAGCAAAGUGCAGAGAGCCCCCCGCAUCUCUGGAGGAGAGGACCGCAGCUCGCCCGGAAACCGCACCGGCAACAACGGGCAGAUCCAGCUGUGGCAGUUCCUGCUGGAGCUGCUGACGGAUAAGGACGCGCGCGACUGCAUCUCCUGGGUGGGGGACGACGGCGAGUUCAAACUCAACCAGCCCGAGCUGGUGGCCCACAAGUGGGGCCAGCGCAAGAACAAGCCCACCAUGAACUACGAGAAGCUGAGCCGGGCACUGAGAUACUAUUACGACGGGGACAUGAUCUGCAAGGUGCAGGGCAAGCGCUUCGUGUACAAGUUUGUGUGCGACCUGAAGACGCUGAUCGGCUACAGCGCGGCCGAGCUGAACCACCUGGUGACGGAGUGCGAGCAGAAGAAGCUGGCCAGGAUGCAGCUGCACAGCCUGGGACAGCCCGUGGCCACGGUGACGCUCGCCACCACCGCCCUGGAGAAGGACAGCUGAGGCUCAACCCCGGCGCCGGCCAACCCGCUGUCCGCACGCCGCGCGUGCCAGCGUCCGAUUGGA